AGUCGCAAGCCAGAGUUCGGCAUAUUUGUCGACGCUGACGCUGCAAACGCCCCAUUCUUUCCGUCCCCAAAGAAGCUCAAGUUGAAUGAGCGCGUUCCCCUUGCGAUCAGAUCUGAUUCUGGGAAUAUGACUCCGGCUUCUUCUCCACGCAACUCUAACAUCCCCUUGCCGGUCGCACCCUCUGACACGCUGUGGGAGAACAUCGAGAACUACGACCCUCGUCCGCGCUACACGACGCCUCCUUCUACACCACGUAGUUUGUCGCCGACUCCAUCGCCAUCGCCACACCCAUCUCCGUAUCGUCCUGUUCGUACAUAUCGACCUCGCCGGGCUCAGCGAGCUCCUUCUUCUAGGCCACUACCACCGCCCAAGGACUUGACCCUGUACACGGCGCUCGACCUCAAUACCUGGACAGUAACUACGGAAGAGAUCAAGGCAGCACACCAUAAGUACGCCCGUGAACAUCACCCAGAUAAGGUUGCUCCAGAACAGCGCGAGGAGGCUACGCACCUGAUGCAGACUGCCAACGCCGCUGCGGAGGUGCUCUUGGACAGCAGGCGUCGCAGGGCGUAUCACAGCAGCGGAAGGCUUCCU